AUGAAGCAGAGUGCCGCCGCUGCCCAGUCCGAGAACCAGGCGCUGAAGGACCAGCUCGCUGCUGCCGAGGCCGCGCACGCCGAAGCCGUUGCUGCGAAGGUCGUCGCCGUGGAGGCGGAGAGGCAGGAGAGGCAGGCGCUGGGCGCCGAGCUGGAGGCGAUGAAGCAGAGUGCCGCCGCUGCUCAGUCCGAGAACCAGGCGCUGAAGGACCAGCUCGCUGCUGCCGAGGCCGCGCACGCCGAAGCCGUUGCUGCAAAGGUCGUCGCCGUGGAGGCGGAGAGGCAGGAGGAGAGGCAGGCGCUGGGCGCCGAGCUGGAGGCGAUGAAGCAGAGUGCCGCCGCUGCUCAGUCCGAGAACCAGGCGCUGAAGGACCAGCUCGCUGCUGCCGAGGCCGCGCACGCCGAAGCCGUUGCUGCGAAGGUCGUCGCCGUGGAAGACGUAAGGGUUGACUUGCAGGAAAAACGGGAGCUGGAGGUGUCCCGUUGGUACCAGGAAAAGGCCGAGCUGGCGUCGCGGGUGGAGAGUCUCGAAGCGAAGGGACGAAAGGACGCUGCCAGCCGCGCGGAGGUAGAGAGACGGUUGGAGGAGUACGCAGGGAGGGAGGACCAACGAGUUCUACAAGAGCGGUCGGCAAGGGUGCAAAAGGCGUUCCAUGUGCCCCAUGUGCACAACGAUGUAGUGGUGGAUAGCGGGACGGCAGCUUCUCUUCUCUAUUCUUUCUCUUUCUCCACUGUUUUCUUACCCUUCUCCCGUUGCUUCCGUGAUAAAGGAAGUCGGUGA